AUGGUGGACACAGAUUCGCGACCGAACCCGUUCGAGGGCAUGUUGGCGCUUCCACUAACAGUCCGCAGCAAGUUUGUUGUUGAGAUGUGCGAAAUCCUGAAAGGAUCCAAUCUUCGUGUGUUCGAGUUGGGCUCAAAUACUCCAGCGAGACUGAGCGAUGCCGCAAUUUGCUGAUUGAAAACUUAUUCCAGCCUUGAUAUGUGAAAACAAAGCGUUCACGCCGCAGGCUGGCCGGGCUUGA